GUCAGUUGUUUGUCCCAAAAAAACAUGGCCACGGUUAUGAGCAAUCUGUCAACAAUUUAGGUGUGGUUAGAGAAGUUUGUAAAUUUAUUCUGUAAUAACUAUCUUUCCUCUUGCACAAGGGGUAAUUUUUAAAUUGAAAACAUGACAGGUAGAUUACCUGCGUGUGUCAUUGAUGUGGGGACGGGGUACACUAAAUUAGGAUUUGCUCCCAACAAAGAACCUCAGUUUAUAAUCCCAUCAGCAAUUGCCAUCAGGGAAUCAGCAAAGGUUGGUGAUCAGGCAAUUCGCAGAUUAGCUAAAGGUGUUGAAGAUUUGGAUUUCUUUAUUGGUGAUGAAGCAUUCGAUGCUACAGGAUAUGCAGUAAAGUAUCCUGUGAGGCAUGGGUUAGUUGAAGAUUGGAAUUUGAUGGAACGCUUCCUUGAGCAAUGUAUUUUCAAGUAUUUACGUGCUGAGCCAGAAGACCACCAUUUUUUGCUCACCGAACCACCCUUAAACACCCCCGAAAACAGAGAAUACCUUGCUGAAAUUAUGUUUGAAUCCUUCAAUGUGCCAGGGUUAUACAUUGCUGUUCAGGCAGUGUUAGCUCUUGCUGCUUCAUGGGCAUCAAGACCUAUCGAAGAAAGAACCCUAACUGGUAUUGUUGUUGACAGUGGUGAUGGUGUAACACACGUUAUUCCGGUGGCUGAGGGGUAUGUGAUUGGGAGUUGCAUCAAGCAUAUACCUAUAGCAGGCAGGGAUAUCACCUAUUUUAUUCAAUCAUUGCUCCGUGAAAGAGAAGUUGGAAUUCCUCCUGAACAAUCCCUGGAAACUGCCAAAGCAAUAAAGGAACGCCAUUGUUAUAUCUGUCCUGAUAUUGCAAAAGAGUUUGCAAAAUAUGAUUCUGACCCCUCAAAAUGGAUGAGAAAGUUCAAAGGUGUCAAUUCUGUAACCAAGCAGCCUUUUUCAGUUGAUGUUGGUUAUGAAAGAUUCCUUGGCCCUGAGAUUUUCUUCCAUCCUGAGUUCUCCAACCCUGAUUUUACUAUUCCCUUAUCGGAAACUGUGGACCAAGUUAUUCAGAACUGUCCUAUUGAUGUAAGAAGGCCGUUAUACAACAAUAUAGUGUUGUCAGGAGGAUCUACUAUGUUCAGAGACUUUGGACGAAGGCUUCAGAGAGAUAUUAAACGUAAUGUAGAUGCUCGGUUGAAGCUUAGUGAAAGUCUAAGUGGCGGGCGAAUCACUCCAAAGCCCAUAGAUGUACAAGUUGUCACUCAUCAUAUGCAACGUUAUGCUGUAUGGUUUGGUGGAAGCAUGCUUGCCUCAACUCCUGAGUACUAUGAAGUUUGUCACACCAAAGCUGACUAUCAAGAGUAUGGACCAAGCAUAUGUCGUCAUAACCCUGUCCUUGGAACAAUGACUUAGUAUAUUAUCUUGUCAUAAAGUUGUACUGCAAAGUAGGUUAUGUAUCCACAUUAGACCUACCUAAAAAUUGCAAUAGACUAAUGAAAAAUGUGAUAUGUGAUUGAAUUGGUACUCUUGCAUUUUUCCUCAGCCUAGGUAAACAAAUUUUAUUUGUUUCUUCCACAUAGCUUGUAUGUUAUGCUCAAAUGUUUUUGAAUUUGGAUGGGUAUAUUAAUAAAUUUUGUACUAGAACAAUUUGUUUUAUCCUUCUGUGGUGGACAUAAAUGUUGAGGACAAUUAUGAAUUAUAAUUUAUCACGUUAGACUUCAAAGACUUAAGCAAAAUGAACUGCAUAACUUGUUCUUCAGAGUUGAAGCAGAAGAGUACCAAAACUUGUGGAACAUCUGAGAAACAAACGUCCCUGUGGUGUUCACUUUAUAAAUAUGAUAUCUGCAUUUUGUUUCUUAAAUUAUCUGAUGUAAAAUGGUUGUCAUUCCUUCUAUUUUGUCCUUUUUUCUACAGUAGAUGAUUAUUUUUGGUGCAAUUGUGCAUGUAAGAUCCUGUUAAUUUGCAGUAGCUGUGUUUGUAGGAAAAAAAUCAUGUUUUUACCAUAUUUUUUAGUCUUAAAAAAUUUGAAUUUUUGUCUACUAUGUCAAGAAGGUGAUACCUUUGUGAUGUUUGUCUUUACGUGGGAAAACCUGACCUCUAUAGGGUUUGGCAGACUAAUGAAUAUAAAAGUGCAUUUAACAGUU